ACAGCGGCGGCGGCGGAGCGCAUUCAUAUAUACGGUGUGCCCUAAUUCUCUGCCGGAGGAAAAAAAUAAAGUUUAUGCCUUUUGGAACUCCGGCGAGAUUAAACGAUGUCAUACGACGAUGUUGAGAUAGAAGAUAUGGAGUGGAACGAAGAGAUACAAGCGUACACGUAUCCUUGCCCUUGUGGCGACUUGUUCCAGAUUACGAAAGAGGAUCUCCGGCUCGGCGAAGAGAUCGCGAAUUGUCCAAGUUGCUCCCUCUAUAUCACCGUCAUCUACAAUAUGGAAGAUUUUCAAAACGAUACCAAGAAGAACAACGAACCUAAAACUCCUCAGCCUGUCGCCGUUGCCUGAGGU